AGCACAGAUGUUCUUGGCUAAAAUUUUACAACACAGUGUUCAAGGCAUCAAGGCAGAAAAUGCAUUUCAUAUUUUACCUCGGAUUUAUUAUUUUCUUCUCAGUAUGCAACGUAAAAGCAGGGGAAUUUACAGAGUACCUGGGAUGCUUCCAGGAUCAAUCAAACCGAACCUUGGCUGGAAAGAAGACAAACAAGAAAUCCAUGACUGUUAAAUACUGCAAGAAUUUUUGUACAAAAUACAAGUUCUACGGUGUAGAGGAUUCCACUUGGUGUUUCUGUGGAAAUUAUUUUACUGAAAAUGUGAGGCAUCCAGAAAGAGAAUGUAACAUGAAAUGCAGCGGGAAUAAUAAGGAAAUCUGUGGAGGAAGUUGGCGAAUGAACAUCUACAGAAGUCCAGAGUACAACAAUGAAUAUCUGGGAUGUUUCCAGGACCAGACAAGCCGGACCUUGGCCGACAACUAUACAAACAAGAAAUCCAUGACGGUCGAAUACUGCAGGAAGUUUUGUACGAAUUUCCAGUUCUAUGGUGUCCAGUAUUCCACUUGGUGUUUCUGUGGAAACCGUCUUACCAAAAAUGUUAAAAAACCUGAGGGAGAAUGUCACAUGAAAUGCAAGGGAAAUCUGAAGCAAAUUUGUGGAGGGAGUUGGAGAAUGAACAUUUAUAAAAAGCCAGAGUAUAACAAAGAUUAUCUGGGAUGCUUCCAGGACCAAUCGAGCCGAACCUUGACAGGAAAAAGUACAAGCAAGAAAUCCAUGACUCUCGAGUACUGCAGGAAGUUUUGUACAAAAUUCCAAUUCUACGGUGUCCAGUAUUCCACUUGGUGUUUCUGUGGAAACUUUUUCACCAAAAAUGUGAGGCAUCCAGAACGAGAAUGUAACAUGAAAUGCAGCGGCAAUAAUAUACAAAUAUGUGGUGGAACUUUGAGAAUGAACAUCUAUAGAAAUCUAGAGUACAAUGAAGAAUAUCUAGGAUGCUUCCAAGAUCAGUCGAGCCGAACCUUGGCUGGAAAGUUUAUAAACAACAAAUCAGUGACUUUGGAAUACUGCAAGAAGUUUUGUACCAAAUUCCAGUUCUACGGUGUCCAGUAUUCCAGUUGGUGUUUCUGUGGAAACUCUCUUACCGAAAAUGUUACAAAACCAGAAAGAGAAUGCUUAAUGGAAUGCAGCGGAAAUAAAGAGCAGUUUUGUGGUGGAAGUUUGAGAAUGAACGUCUACAGAAAUACAGAGUACAAUGUAAUUUGA